CACAGCUGGUGAGUGGUGGGGAGCCAGGACUGAACCUGGGUCUAAGUGAAUCCAUAGCCCAUGUUCUUCCACUGCCUUAGAAAAGAAAUCUCACCUGGUUAGAGUUUAUUUGCUGUUGAUACCAACUGAUCCCCCUAAUGUGGGCACACACACUCCAUCUUUCCUGCUUCUGUUCCCCUCCCCUCUGUGGCUGCCUCUUAAAAGCAACAGGUUGAAACCAAAAGGAGAGAAGGGCAGGGCAAAGUUAGUGUGGAAGAGGGCAGGCUGGAGGCAGGCAUUUCAGAGAGAAGAAAGAAAAGGUCCCUAAAAUGGGCUCCAAGGAAAGACGAUAGAUGGAACAAUUGGAAAAGUGAAAGGCAAAAAUGUCUGGAGGGCUCAGACUUGGAAAUCACCGUAUGCAAAUUGUAAGCAAAUGCGCCAGUGCCCUCUGGCCAACUUUGCUGGGGAAGACUUUGCCCUGUCGUUGGGUUUGAAGAAAAGAAAGGAGAGGGGGUUUUGUUUUUUGUUUUAAGGAGAGGAGCUCGGAGGAGAAAGCCAGUCUGUCCCUGCGGGCCUGUCCUCUCCUCGGUGAUGUUCCCUCCAUAACCACUAGGGAGCAGUCGUGUCACUUUUCCACUCCAGCUCCGCCAGAGGUGGGAGGGGGCUCCAGCCCAGGGGAGUCCUGGUCUUGCUGGGACUCCAGCUCCAGAGAAGGUGCCCCUGGCCAGCUUUGCCUCCAGUUCUAUAGGCCCCACGGCCUGGCGCCUCCUCGGCGAGGGGCACAUUCUUCCUUUCCUCAGGCCUCACUUCUUUGGUCCUUCCUUUGCCCUUGUCCCUUUGGCUCCUGUAAUUCUCCGGUUCUGAAGUCUCAAGAGUGUUGUCUUUUGUGGUCUCAGAGUCCGCCUUUGCAGCUUUCCACUUCACAUCCAAGCCUUUCUGUCCCUCUCAUAACAUCUUUCUUGGUAGCUCUCUGGGUCCUACUGUCUGUCCUGAAGCCUCCUGGUUCCCUGGCGUCUUCCUGUUCUAAGUACGGUACAUUUCAAGAAGUAGGAAUUCUUGUCCAGCUACUUACAGGGUGCCUUUCUGCCCACCUCCCAUGGAAGAAUAUCUGAGUUCAGGGAUUAUGUUGAUGGGGCAACAAGUCCCUAGCUGACCUUUGAAAGAAGUUCCACUGCCAUCCUUUCCUUCUCUCCUUGAGGAAUAAGGAGGGACCUGGGUCUGGACAGAGGAAGAGGGCAAUACCCCCCAAAAAUCUCUUCUGUUUCCCCAUAGCUUUCUCUCCAUUUUCCCUUUCUCCUCACGCUGUGAGGGAAGGAAGCAUUAGGGAGGGAGAUGGAAUGAAGGGGCAGCAAGCGAGCUCUGGAGGCUGAGGGCCAUUUUGGAGCUAGAUGAUUCAUCUUAGGGGAUGACUACACCCUCAGAACUCUCCACCCUCCCCCGGCUCCAGGCCUGCCUCCUCCCAUCCCCCUCGGUGGCAGCAGCCUUGUAAUUUAAAGCUCUUUCUGUCGCCUCUAAUGUGAUCCUCUCGUUUUAUUGACUCUCUCUGCCGUCUGUGGCGCCCCUUCACAUCAAUCUCUGCUCUAAUCACACCGCCACCACUGCCUGCUCGGUCUCCCCUAACCCCUCUCCUCGUGGGCCCCCGGCCCUCGCCUCUACCGAGGUCCUUCCUUUUGACUAUCCCCCCACCUCCACCCUACACCCGAUCCGCCCUCUUCCUCCUUCCCUCCUCCACACACAGGAAUGCCAGGGCCUUUAAGGGCUCGCCUUCUCCCUUUCCCCACAUCUAAGGUGUACCCUGAGGGGGAAGAGAUGCCCUUAAGGAAAGCCUGGAACCACAGGAGGAAUGACAGUGGUCUGAGGGAGAAUAAGACUCUGGGCCUGGUGGUGGUGCGUGGGGACCUGUCUCCAGAAAGAGAUGAAAACUGAGGUCAAGGGUCCUGGCUGUCACGCUGAAAUGAACCCCCAGCUCUCCUCCGUCUGCCAUGGCCACCCUUAACUCGUCCUCUACCGCUGGCACCACCCCCUCCCCUGGGCACAAUGCCCCGUCCCCGCCUCCGGACACCUCCUCCCCCCGCACCCCCUCUGAUCCUGUCACCAAAGAUCCCCCUGCUGCCCCCUCCGCCUCUGAGAGCAUGAGGUCCUCAGAGCCCGGGGGGCGGCCCCUGGAGCCAGGCUGUGGCCUCGUCCCACCAAAGGAGAUAGGGGAGCCCCAAGAGGAGCCGGGCUGUGGUGGCUUCCCGCCAAAGGACCUGGGGGUGGAAGAAGACAGGGAGCAGGAGGAGGAAGGGGGAGGGCUCCCUCCUGUGGACCUGAGCGACCACUUAGUCUUCACAGCUGGCGGUGAGGCCUGCCUAGUGGCCAAGCUGUCCCUGCCAGGGGGCAGAGAACUCCCGUUACCAAAGGGCUUCCCCUGGGGUGAGGCAGGCUUCAAGGAAGAGCCCAGCCUGCCCCUCCUUGCCCACCCGCCCCCUGUACACCUCACUGCCCUUCACAUCCAACAUGGCUUUGACCCAAUCCAAGGCUUUAGCUCUUCUGACCAAAUUCUGUCCCACGAUACCUCAGCGCCAUCUCCGGCCACCUGUGAGGGAAGGGAUGGAGCCUUCUGGAGCUACCAGCUGGCUCCAAACCCACCUGGAGAUCCCAAAGAUGGCCCCAUGGGGAGCAGGGGAGGAGACCCCAGGGCACUCUUCUGGCUCUGCCUCCCCUGCCGCCUGGGUUUCGGCAGGCCCCAGGCCUUUGUGGGUCACACGCAGUCUCACGGGGUGAAGCUAACCGCUGCUCAACAUCAGGGCCUGCCAGGCAACCCAGCCGUGCUCCGGGAGGGGGACGAGGGCUGCGGGGCCCUCCUGAGCUUCCUGGCACCACAACUGCCUGCUCACGCCCCUUUAGAAAUACCCCUUGACAACAGCAGCACCGUGAACGUGGAGGCCCACGCGGCUCAGACCGAGGAUGGCCCCGCUGCGGCUGAAGCCCAGGCCCCUGUCCUGCCCGUGGAAGAAGGCAUGGCCCUCAGCCCGCCCUCCCCGCUGACAACCCCGGCCGCCUGGAACCCCAGCCCAAGCCAAGCCAAAGAAUCGCCGACGCUGGCAGGCGAGGCAGGGCCAGGUUGGUUCCCCGAGGGGCAAGAGGAGGAUGGAGGGCUCUGCCCCCCGCUCAACCAAAGCUCACCCACCUCCAAGGACGGGGGCGUUCUCCCUGCCCCAGUGGGCUCCCCCGAAGACCCUGGUGACCCGCCCCAGCCCUAUCGCCCAGCCGACGACUACACCCCGGCCCCUGCGGCCUUCCAGGGCCUCAGCCUGUCCAGCCACAUGGCUCUGCUACACUCACGCAACUCCUGCAAGACGCUCAAGUGUCCCAAGUGCAAUUGGCACUACAAGUACCAGCAGACCCUGGAUGUGCACAUGCGGGAGAAGCACCCUGAGAGCAACAGUCACUGCAGCUACUGCAGUGCUGGGGGCGCCCACCCCCGCCUCGCCCGGGGGGAGAGCUACAACUGUGGCUACAAGCCCUACCGCUGCGACGUCUGCAACUACUCCACCACCACCAAGGGCAACCUCAGCAUCCACAUGCAGUCCGACAAGCACCUGGCCAACCUGCAGGGCUUCCAGGCGGGGCCAGGGGGGCAGGGGAGCCCCCCAGAGGCAGCGCUCCCGCCCCCCGCGGGGGACAAGGAGCCCAAGACCAAAGCGUCCUGGCAGUGCAAGGUGUGCAGCUACGAGACCAACAUCUCCCGCAAUCUGCGCAUCCACAUGACCUCCGAGAAGCACAUGCAGAACGUCCUCAUGCUGCACCAGGGGCUGCCGCUGGGGCUGCCGCCAGGGCUGGUGGGGCCAGGCCCCCCGCCCCCAGCAGGGGCUGCCCCGGCCACCUCCCCUGAUCUCUUCCACUACUUCGGACCCCAGGCCCUAGGGCAGCCUCAGGCUCCCUUGCCUGGACCCGGGCUGAGGCCAGACAAGCCCCUGGAAGCCCAGCUGCUUCUCAAUGGCUUCCACCACCUCGGAGCACCUGCCCGCAAGUUCCCCACAGCUGCCCCCGGCAGCCCCUCCCCGGAUGCCCACCUGCCUCAAAGUCAGCUUCUGGGCCCCUUGUCCGACGGGCUGCCUGCCUCGCCGCCCCCAGAUGACAGCCCAUCCCUGAAGGUGUUCCGAUGCCUCGUGUGCCAGGCCUUCAGCACAGACAGCCUGGAGCUGCUGCUCUACCACUGCAGCGUGGGCCGGAGCCUCCCGGAGGCCGAGUGGAAGGAGGUAGCUGGUGACACCCACCGCUGCAAGCUCUGCUGCUAUGGCACCCAGCUCAAGGCCAACUUCCAACUCCACCUCAAGACCGACAAACAUGCUCAGAAGUACCAGCUGGCGGCCCACCUGAGGGAGGGGAGUGGGGCCAUGGGCACCCCCUCCCCAGUGCCCCUGGGAGAUGGGGCUCCUUAUGGGUCUGUCCCCACCCUGCACCUGCGCUGCAACAUCUGUGACUUCGAGUCCAACAGCAAGGAGAAGAUGCAGCUGCACGCCCGGGGUGCGGCCCAUGAAGAGAACAGUCAGAUCUAUAAGUUUCUGCUGGAGAUGGAGGGGGCGGCGGCGGGCACGGAGCUGGGGCUGUUCCGCUGCCUGCUGUGCGCCUGGGAGACGCCCUCCCGCCUGGCUGUGCUGCAGCACCUGCGCGCCCCUGCCCACCGCGAUGCCCAGGCCCAGCGGCGCCUGCAGCUGCUACAGAGCGGCCCCGCAGCUGACGAGGGGCUCUCAGCUCUUCAGGGCAUCCUGAGCUUCAGCCACGGGCAGCUCCAGCCUCCCGGGAAGGCUCCUGUCACCCCCUUAGCUGAGCCACCCACCCCUGAGAAAGAUGCCCAGAAUAAGACAGAACCAUUGGCUCCUGAAGAGGCAGAGAACAAGACUGGCCCUCCUGGAGACAGUGCCGACCAGACCACGGUGUUCUGCUGUCCAUACUGCAGUUUCCUGAGCCCAGAGUCCGAGCAGGUGAGGGCGCACGCGCUCUCCCAGCACGCGGUGCAGCCCAAGUACCGGUGCCCUCUGUGCCAGGAGCAGCUGGUGGGCCGGCCUGCCCUGCACUUCCACCUCAGCCACCUGCACAACGUGGUGCCCGAGUGCGUUGAGAGGCUGCUGCUCGCGGCCACAACUGUAGAGAUGACCUUGACGACCAAAGUGCUGCCUGGGCCCGCUCUAAGCCCUCUGGGGGACAGUCCAGAGACCCCCGCUCCCGGGCCAGAGCCUGUGCCCAGCAGAGACCAAGCAGCAGAAGGCCCUCACCUGACCCCGGAAGCCAGUCCUGAUCCUCUUCCUGAGCCUCCCCUGCCCUCAGCUGAGGCCCCAGACAAGCCCAUGGGAAGCCCUGACCAGCCCCCUUCUCCAGCCCCAUCUCCAGCCCCUCGGCCCGAUGCCCAAGCUGACGAAGUAGCUCCUCCACCCACCACGGCUGAGGAGGAAGAGGGGGCUGGCGGGGAGCCCCGCCUGGCAGAGCCAGCUCCAGCUGACUCUCGCCACCCUCUGACCUAUCGGAAGACCACCAACUUUGCCCUGGACAAGUUUCUCGACCCUGCCCGGCCCUACAAGUGCACUGUGUGUAAGGAGUCCUUCACGCAAAAGAACAUCCUCCUGGUCCAUUAUAACUCAGUCUCCCACCUGCACAAGAUGAAGAAGGCUGCCGUUGACCCCUCCGGGCCUGCCCGCGGGGAAGCUGGUGCAGCACCCGCCCCCGCCGCCGCCACAGACAAGCCCUUUAAGUGCACGGUCUGCCGCGUCUCCUACAACCAGAGCUCCACCCUGGAGAUCCACAUGCGCUCCGUCCUGCACCAGACUCGCUCAAGGGGAGCCAAGACGGACGCCAAGGCCGAGGGGCCAGAGCGCGGCCCGGAAGAGCCCAAGGAAGGCGAGACUGAGGGGGAGGUGGGCACUGAGAAGAAGGGCCCUGACCCUGGUGGCUUCGUAUCUGGUGGACUGCCCUUCCUGUCCCCUCCCCCACCUCCCCUGGACCUGCACCGAUUCCCAGCCCCACUCUUCGCCCCACCAGUCCUGCCCUCCUUCCCUCUGGUGCCCGAGUCCCUGCUUAAGCUCCAGCAGCAGCAGCUGCUCCUGCCCUUCUACCUCCAUGACCUCAAGGUAGGGCCCAAACUGGCACUGGCUGGGCCCGCGCCCCUGCUGUCCCUGCCGGCCGCCACCCCUCCUCCCCCGCCCCCUAAGGCCGAGCUGGCUGAGCGAGAGUGGGAGCGGCCACCCACGGCAGAAGAGGGGAAUGAGACAGCGCCCAGCUCACCCCCCCAGCCAACGCCCAACGAGGCGGCCCGCACCGCAGCCAAAGCCCUUCUAGAAAACUUUGGCUUUGAGCUGGUGAUCCAGUACAAUGAAGGGAAGCAGGCUGUGCCCCUUCCCCCAACCCCACCCCCACCCGAGGCCCUGGGCGGUGGGGACAAGCUGGCCUGCGGGGCCUGUGGGAGACUCUUCUCCAAUAUGCUCAUCCUCAAGACACACGAGGAGCACGUGCACCGCCGCUUUCUGCCCUUUGAGGCCCUGAGCCGAUACGCCGCUCAGUUUCGAAAGAGCUAUGAUAGCCUCUACCCGCCCCCGGCAGGGUCCCCCAAACCUCCCGAUGGGCCUCUGGAUUCACCUGCUCCCCACCUGGGCCCACCUCUCCUGGUCCCAGAGCCUGAGGCAGAGGGGGCCCGCCCCCCUGAGGAGCGAGGCCGGGCAGGAGGACGCUGGCCCCCAGAGGAGGAAGAAAGCUCCAGAGGGAAUCUUCCUCCCCUAGUGCCUGCAGGCCGCCGCUUCUCCAGAACCAAGUUCACAGAGUUCCAGACCCAAGCCCUGCAGUCUUUCUUUGAGACCAGCGCCUACCCCAAGGACGGAGAGGUGGAGCGGCUCGCAAGUCUCUUGGGCCUGGCUAGCCGUGUGGUGGUGGUGUGGUUCCAGAACGCCCGCCAGAAGGCUCGCAAAAGCGCCGGCGACGGUGGGCCUGUGCCCAGCGGGGGAGGCACUGGGGGAGCCUCCGGCUGCCGGCGCUGCCGGGCCACCUUCUCCUGUGUUUUUGACUUGGUGCGGCACCUCAAGAAAUGCUAUGACGACCAGCAUCCGGAAGAGGAGGAAGAGGCAGAGAGGGGGGAAGAGGAGGAAGACGCAGAGGAGGAAGACGCAGAGGAGGAACAGGGCCCGGAACCCCCAGCGGGGCCCGAGGGCCCAUCACCAGAACCUCCAGACAGGGAAGAGCUGGGCCAAGCAGAGGCCACGAAGCCAGGAGGCAAAGAGCCUGAAGGGAGGGCCCCUCCCUCGCCCUGCCCCGUCCACGCCUGUGACCAGUGCGCCAUGUCUUUCCCCAGCCAGGACCUCCUGACCAGUCACCGCCGGCUGCACUUCCUGCCACCUGUGCAGCCCAGCACUGCCCCCCACCUCCUAGACCUGCCCUUGCUGGUGUUCGGGGAGCGAAACCCUCCUGUGCCAGGCACUCCACCAGUGCCAGGGCCACCCCUCAAACGGAAGCACGAGGACGGUAGCCUGUCUCCCACGGGCAGCGAAGCAGGGGUGGGUGGGGAGGGUGAGCCCCCCAGGGAUAAGCGCCUGCGUACCACCAUCCUGCCGGAGCAGCUGGAAAUCCUGUACCGCUGGUACAUGCAGGACUCCAACCCGACGCGCAAGAUGCUCGACUGCAUCUCCGAGGAGGUGGGGCUCAAGAAGCGAGUGGUGCAGGUCUGGUUCCAGAACACCAGGGCCCGGGAGAGGAAGGGCCAGUUCCGAAGCACCCCCGGGGGAGUGCCCAGUCCGGCAGUCAAGGCCCCCGUCACACCCAGCCCCGCACCCUUCCCCAAGUUCAACCACUUGCUGGGCAAGGUGGAUGAUGGGGCUGGGAGGGAGGCCCCAAAGAGGGAAACACCUGCUUUUCCCUACCCCACGGUCACCCCUGCUACUGGGCCUCUGCCUUUUCUGCCACCUGGGAGAGAGGCCCCCACUCUGACACCAGAGCCACCUCUACCUCUCCCACCUCCCCCUCCACCCAAUGAGGAUGAGGGCCCAGAGGAACCGUCUAAAGCUUCUCCAGAGAGUGAGGCUUGCAGUCCAUCUGCAGGGGAUUUAAGUGAUUCGUCAGCUUCCAGCCUGGCUGAACCAGAGUCCCCCGGGGCUGGAGGGACCAAUGGGGGCCCAGGAGGUGGGGCUGGGGUCCCAGAUGGAAUGGGGCAGCGGCGCUACAGGACCCAGAUGAGCAGUCUGCAGCUGAAGAUCAUGAAAGCCUGCUACGAAGCCUACCGCACCCCUACCAUGCAGGAGUGCGAGGUGCUGGGGGAGGAGAUUGGGCUGCCCAAGAGAGUCAUCCAGGUCUGGUUCCAGAAUGCUCGUGCCAAGGAGAAGAAGGCCAAGCUGCAGGGGGCAGCAGUCGGUGGGGCUGGGGGCAGCGGUGAGGGCCCCUUGGGAGCCCAGCGCACCGACUGCCCCUACUGUGAUGUCAAGUAUGACUUCUAUGUCUCCUGCCGAGGCCACCUCUUUUCCCGCCAGCACCUGGCCAAGCUCAAGGAGGCAGUCCGAGCCCAGCUGAAGAGUGAAAGCAAGUGCUACGACUUGGCCCCAGCACCCGAGGCACCCCCCGCUCCCAAGGCUCCACCUGCCACCACACCUGCCUCUGUGCCCCUCGGGGCUGCCCCGGCUCUGCCUCGCCUGGCCCCGGUCCUCUUGUCCAGCCCAGCUCUGGCCCAGCCCCCGCUGGGCAGCUUAGCUCCUUUCAGCACAGGCCCUGCAGCCUCCUCAGGCCUCCUUGGCCUCGCCACUUCGGUCCUGCCUGCUACCACAGUGGUCCAGACUGCUGGCCCAGGCUGCCCCUUACCUCAGAGGCCUAUGCCCGACCACACCAACACCUCCACAGUAGGCACCACUGACCCUGCCCCAGGCCCGCCUACUGAACCCUCUGGGGACAAGGUCUCCGGUGAGCGAAAGCCAGCUGCAGCCCCCACCAACUCCUCCACUGACGCCCUCAAGAACCUCAAAGCAUUGAAGGCCACUGUCCCAGCCCUGUUGGGGGGCCAGUUCCUGCCCUUCCCGUUGCCCUCUGCAGGGGGGGCCACGCCGCCAGCUGUCUUUGGUCCCCAGUUACAGGGGGCCUACUUCCAACAGCUCUAUGGCAUGAAGAAGGGACUGUUUCCCAUGAACCCCGUGAUACCUCAGACCCUCAUCGGACUGCUCCCCAACGCCCUCCUCCAGCCACCGCCCCAGGGCCCCGAGCCCAUAGCCACAGCGCCUCCGAAGCCGCCUGAACUGCCCGCUCCAGGGGAGGGGGAGGCCGGGGAGGCCGACGAGCUGCUGACAGGCAGCACCGGCAUCUCCACCGUGGACGUGACCCACCGCUACCUUUGCCGCCAGUGCAAGAUGGCAUUUGACGGGGAGGCCCUGGCCACUGCUCACCAGAGAUCCUUCUGCUUCUUUGGGCGGGGCUCCGGGGGUUCCAUGCCCCCCCCGCUGCGGGUGCCCAUCUGCACCUACCACUGCCUGGCAUGUGAGGUGCUGCUGAGUGGGCGAGAAGCCCUGGCCUCGCACCUGCGCUCCUCGGCCCACAGGCGCAAGGCGGCCCCGCCCCCAGGGGGCCCACCUGGCGCCGCCACCAACGCCGCCACUGCCGCCACGGCUGCUGUGGCUUUUGCCAAAGAGGAAGCAAGAUUACCUCACACGGACUCCAACCCAAAAACUACUACUACCUCUACACUUCUAGCUUUAUAAACAGAUAAACCAAGACGCGGGGGCAGGGAGGGCCUCGGGGCUCCUUCUCUUACCCCAAGCGGUGUCUGGUGGGAGCUCAAAUCUCUCACCCCACCCUUGGCCCUGCCCACCCCCCUGGGAAUCUCUCAGUUCCCACCCUCAGUGGGCUUCACACACCCCACCUCCAGCAGAGUCCUGCCUCCUCCUCCACCCCCAGACACACCGAUCCUUCACAAAUCCUGACCCCUUGGUCUUCACGGGCAACACAUCCAUCUUGCCAUCUCGAUUAUUCUUUCACAUCCACCCUGCCCACCAGACACAAAAUCUAUCCUUGGUUUCAUCUUCCUACAGCCUCUUUCCUACUGAAUUCCCAGUCACCCCUCCAACUCCUAUAAACACACAAAUAUGUUAUCCCACGCUGUUCCACUGACUGAGAAAACACCAAAAAAAAAAAAAGAAGAAGAAGAAGAAGAAGGGAAAAAGAAAACCCAAGACAAGGAAGGGGGAAGGAAAAUAAACUUUGCCACUCCCCCUUCUCCUUCCUACCCUCCUCGUCUAGAGCACCAUACCGCUCACAAACUCUUUCCAAAUACUCAGUUGGCUCCCAAGGUUGGAGCCUGGGAUGGGCAGGGAGCCCACGAAACUCUAACCAAACUGGAGGUCAGCGGGGAGAAGUACUCCCAGCUCACUCUCCUCACACCCCUCCCUCCUCACCUGACAGGGGAGCCCCUGUGGCCUGAACUCUAGGGGAAGCCGCGGCCAGGAACCCCUCUGCCAGCCCCCACCCUGCACCCCGGAAACUGCAGUAACUUAUUCUCAAAGGCUUUAAACACAGAGAUCCUCUCAGCAGCCGUCGGCCUGCCCCUUGUCCCAGCCCUGCCACGUGGCGGUCCAGCCUCCGGGACCGGCGCUGCCCACCAACGGCAAAUCCAAAGUUCUUUAAAAAAAAAACUGAAACACACAACCAAAAAAAAAACAAAACACAAGUGCGAGAGAGAGCACGCACACACGUGCGGGAGAGAGAGAUGGAGAGACCAGAGGAAUGAACUAAUGAAAAACAAACUUGGAAAAAAAAAAAGAAAAAAGCCUGAAAACUCUCCCAUCAAACAAGUGUUUUUUUUCCUGUUUGUGUCACUCCCCACCCCACCCCAUUUUAAUGGUUCAAGGGUCUUUGAACCACCUUGUCUCUGGAAGAUCAAAUGGCUUUAAGUCCUUGCUUGGGUUCAGUGGUCCACAAGACUAACGGGAGUGCAGCCCUGCCUUGGCUGUGCCCAGCCUCAGGAGCGGGAGCUGGUAAUGGGGAGAAGAGCCUGGAGGCUGGGGAGAGAACCCCAUCCUUGCCCCCUGAAUUGAGUAUUUAUCAGGACAGGUUAACAAACAUCCCCUCAUUCUCAGCUGUGAGUUACAAAAGUCAGUGUCACUGAAAGUAGCUUGGCCGUCUCAGGAGGAAAGGGGUGGACUAUAGCCCAGGCAGUCUGGUUUCUGAAUCUUGGGUCUGCUUCCCUUUCACGUAGCUGCCACCAUCUCCUCUCAUUCAUUUCUUUCACACACCUCUCCUCCCAUUCCCUUCCUGGUGCCCCCUUCAGAUUUCUGGCCCUUCUUGAACCUCUUUGCCUUUGUGGGGACCCUUAUUCCCUGUCUGUGUUCUUCCCACACCACCCCAUCCUCUGCCCCUGCUUCCUCCGGCCUGGCCCAUCUCCUCCAGGAAGCAGCAGCUGCUGGAGGUACCCCCCCCCACAACACACACACACACAAAGGAGUCAGGGCCUCCCUAUGAAGCUCAUGGGGUCUCGAGCUGAUGACAGCUGAGGUGAUGGGUGGGCAAGGGGAUGACUGAAGCACAAGGCGAACCUUUGAUAGAGUGAGAUCACCAAGGGAACCAACAGAUGAGGAAUGUGCUAGAAGAGGGUUCCCCACCUCUAACUUCGUUCUCUGUGAACAUCAAGUAACUGUGGCAACUCCAAAGCCCAGCUACAGUGGCAAUGGGUGGAGACGCAGGUGUUUUAGCAAAGAAAAGCCUGCAAAAAUUUCCCAGUCCUCCAGGUAGUUUCUCCUACGACCCUUGCCCCUAAGACCUCCCCCUUUCCAGGUAGUCUCCUUCCAAACUCUCCCUUCAGGCUGCUUCUACUACCAGUAUCCAUUUCAUACACGCACACACACAAAUUCAGCCAGCCCUGGGAUUUAGGUUUCCUGGCCUGUCACCCUGUUCCUUGAACAUGUUAAUACUGAAGCAGUGGCUUAUGUGCAGAAAAGAUAGGAGGAGAGAAAAGGGGAGGGAAAACUUAGCUCAGUUCCUAGUCCCCAUAUGCUCUGUGAAUCUCACUUCUGGUCCCAUUCAUUUCUAAAAUGAAAAGCUCCUAACCUAGCACAUCAGGGGUGGGGUGGAUUAGUUAUUCUGAUGAUGCCAAAAACGCCAGUUCCAAAUGCAAGAAGAAUGAAACUGCCCAACCACGGGCUUGCUCCUGCUGCUCCCACCUUCCCCCACCUCAGCAUCUCUCGUGCACCCCUCCCUCCCUCCCUCUCUAUCCUUUUCUCUCUCCUGUUGAAAUUCUGUGUAUAAAACUAUUUUCUUAGCA